CAAUAUGGUAUGUUUCAGUAUUCACAUGUGAUACUGUGCUCUAAUUACACAUCACUACUAUAUCCAUUGCUGAAAAGUGAGUAUGCAUUACCUACAGGGUACAGGAAUGUGCAAUUACCUAAUUGGUGGCUGGUGAAUGUGAAGGCGGCAUUAGGAACAUUUCCAAGUACUUAGAGGAAGAUAUAAAGGUCCACAUCCAGGAGACCUCCCACUCUAAUCUAUUUUAUUCUACUUGCUUGGUCUCACAACAGGGUCUGUGUUAUUUCUCUCUUUAUUUGUUCAUCAUGUUUUUAGUGGUGACCGUAUUCAGCGUGAUGCUAUGGACUCAGUGUCUCAAUGCUGAUAUUCAUCCACAAAAGGACUUUGAUCUACAAAGGGUGAGAACAAUGAUAUGAUAUUUGUCAAUGUGCUGUGGUAGGCAGUUUUUUCUGAUAAAAGCACUGUGGUUUUUGACCUUUUAUUAAAUGUUUUACUCUUUGUUAAAUGCCUGAUUUAGACACAUUUUUUAUCCUCUGAAAUCUGAUUAACUAAAUGUAUCUAUGGUAUAACCGUAGUAUAUGGAAAACCUUGUUUGAAACAGAAAAGUUUCUGAAUUGAAAAACAAACAGUAGCGAGGUCAAAGAACAGCAGUGGAAUUUCAACUUUGUGUUGUUGUUUGUUUAGACCAUUACAUAAGAUUGGUCUUUUUUGUGUGUUUUGAAUCCUGUUUUGUGAACAUUUAUUGUAACAUGUACCCUGAAAUAUUAUUUUUAAACAAUUGCUAAUAUUUGUUCUUAAUUUUAAACAAUGCUGUUGUCCUCUCAUCACUAUAUGUUUGAAAACAAUUGUGUUGUUGAAUUGUGUUAUUACUAUCCUUGAUGAAUUUUGAUGUAAGGAUUUUAUUUCCCUAUUUAAUAAUGUCGUAGGGAAUAAUGUACUGUCUUUAUUAAAAUUCUUACAGUGAUUUGCUCAGUUUUCAGGACAGUGGUAUCGUGUUGGCCUGGCCUAUGACUCGCCAGAAUUUGUGCCAUGGAGAAGUUAUGUGCAGGUCUCCAAUGGGAAUUUAACCUCUGAUAUGGAUGGCAAUGCCAACCUAACCGUAUGGGGGACAGGGUAUUUACCCUCUUUUGUCUUUUAAAUGAGAUCUACACUCCAACAAAUAAAAACAAUUUUAGUUAUUAGGAACAUUACACAUAUCAAUCAAUAAGUAAACACAGGGAUAAACUGACUUUAUAAUAACUUUCAGUAAUAGGCCAUUGUAAAUGCUUAUCAAUGUUUAUAAAUGCUUAAAUACUCAAGUAAUAAAAGUACACACUAUUUAUAAUAUGUGUAUUCAUACUUAUUAAUACAUGUUAUAAAGACUUGCAGCACACAUAAACCCAUAACCCCUUUCUCAAUUUGUUGUUGUCAGGUUAAAAGGUUGCAUGUGCCGUGUGUACUAUUACCAGAAGACUGACCUCCCAGGCCAGUUCACCUACUUUAGUGACCGUAAGUUAAGCUUCCUGCCUCGAGCUGGUUAGAGGAGAUGGUGUGAGGGAGGAGACACAGUAAAGCAUGGGGUAAAUGUAGAAAUAGACAUGCUGAUGUUGACACUGCAGUGGAAGGGGGAGUACAGACAUGCGUUUCUUAUGUAUGUUAGAUUCUAACCCUAACCCUUCCGAUAAUCCAUUUGUGUUUCGAUGUAUGAUGAAGGUUGCUGAUCCACUAUUAUCUGUGCUAUUUUUGUUGCUGUGCGGUUUCAUUUGUCUCUUUGUGGUAUCAUGUCCUGAGCCUGUAAAGAUACAAACAAUUUCAAACCAUAAAGUAUUCUAACUAACAAAUUACCUCAUUGACAGGCCAUCAGAUAUUGAAGGACAUCACUGUGGUGGAGAGCAAUUACACUGAAUAUAGUCUGGUGGUGAAAUACAAGAAGAUUGUGAAAGACUUCUCCCAGGUGUCUCUUUAUGGUAACAAUAAUUGACAUACAGUUUUCUCUUUCAUGUGGAUCCCCCUACUCCUACAGCUCUUCUAGUCAUUAUAAAAUAAAAUAAAUGUUUUUCUCACUCUGUUCUUUUUUAAGGUCGCUCACCAACGCUGAGAGAAGAAUUGGUGGAGAGAUUUAGAAACUAUUCUCUGUCUCUGGGCUUCUCUGCAGAGUCCAUUCUGACCCCAUCGUUCGUAGGUAAAAAUAUGACUGAUCAAACACAGCACAAACUGUCUGAUGAAAGUAACAUUGGACUUGGACUGGUGCCAUUGAACUGUAUAUAAACUUUGGUCCAGUUUCUAAUCAUUACUAAAUGUGUUACAUGUUAUGCUUUAACAUUUCACCUUUUGUUGUUUUCAUGUUUUCAUUCUACUACUUAUACAGAUCCCUGCUCUGAUUGCGGACAUUAAGUGAGUAGAAAUUACAUUAAAUGAGACUAACAUUUCUAUUGCAAGGGGGUUUUCUGAGCAUUUCUAUGUGCUGGUUUUUAUAUAAUACAAUCUGCUCACUUUCUAAGGACCUGACAGCAAACAUUGGUUAAAGAACUCCACACCAUCAUACUGGACCAAGAUAUCCUGAGUCUUCUAUUUCGCUCUCUGCUUUACAUACAUGUAUGGAACAAUAACACUAUUGAAUACACAGAGAACUGUUGCCAUACUCUAUAAUUGGUCUGAGUUACAUUUUACUCAUAUACUUCACUGCAUAACCUACUCCAGUCUCUUUGGUUGUACAUGAAGAAUCUGUUUAAAAACCAGAGGUUAUGAUUGUUAAUACAAAAAACAUUGUAUUUAAUAUGGGAUAGUGAGUUGAAAUGUCUUGAAGGUUGACAUUGGAAGCUAUCAAUAUAACCCUAUUACCUGAGGGAAAACAGAGGCCUGCUUAACAUUUUUGCUGAACCACUCAACAUCGCUUUUCAUCAUUAAACCUUUCUAUUUAAAUCUCAGGUUUUCUGUAAACAAAGGUACACAAUUUAUACUGUAUACACAGGUCCAGAAAUCAACAAUAAACAAGAUUUUGAAUAGAAUAUAAUUACUUAAUUUUUCCAGUGAGG